ACGCUCUGGGGCAAAGGGGAGGUGACUUAGAGAACUGAAGGAGGUGGGCGAGUGAAGGCGGAGAAGGUGGUGGAGGGGGCGGGAUUCCCAGAGGCGCCGGCGGCACCGUGGGGACUCCGACCCCCUCAGCGCCGCACACAGCUGGACACCGGAGUGAGGAAGCGUCUGGUAUCCAUUAGGGGAUGGCUGCUGUUUUCCAAACUGACAUCACUUAAGAACUAGCCAAUCUGUCACCACCUCUUGCCAGAGAAAAGAAGAACCUUUCUUGUGAAGACCCCUGGUCUCAUGAAUGACUCAACGGAUCUCGGGAAUGCCAGCAUUCUGGAGCCAGUCCUACGGCUCAGGAAGGGACACGUGCCCGAUCCUGCUGGGCAAGGAAACCAUGAUAGUGACACAUCCAGUGAGCAGGAGCCCCUCUUAGUGGAGCCACCCAUAUCUUCUGAACCGGAAAAGAAUUCUAAGAAUGCUGGGAGCAAUGAUGCAACUCAGGAAGAUGAAGGAUUUAUGGGGAUGCUGCCUCUUCUCCAAGCCCACCAUGCCAUGGAGAAAGUGGAAGAGUUUGUAUGUAAGGUGUGGGAGGGCCGAUGGCGUGUCAUCCCCUUCGAUGUCUUGCCUGACUGGCUAAAGGACAAUGAUUACCUGUUGCAUGGGCACCGCCCACCCAUGCCCUCUUUCCGGGCUUGUUUCAAAAGCAUUUUUAGAAUACACACAGAGACUGGCAACAUCUGGACACACCUAUUAGGUUGUGUCUUCUUUUUGUGUCUGGGAAUCUUCUAUAUGUUCCGGCCAAACAUGUCCUUUGUAGCACCUGUGCAGGAGAAGGUAGUGGUUGGAGUAUUCUUCUUGGGCGCCAUUACCUGCCUCUCCUUCUCGUGGCUCUUCCACACAGUUUACUGCCAUUCAGAAGGCGUUGCGAGGGUAUUCUCCAAGCUGGACUAUUCUGGUAUUGCUCUUCUCAUUAUGGGCAGUUUUGUUCCAUGGCUCUACUACUCCUUCUAUUGCAACCCUCAGCCCUACUUCAUCUACUUGAUUGUCAUCUGUGUCUUGGGCAUCGCAGCCAUUAUAGUUUCCCAAUGGGACAGAUUUGCAACCCCCCAGUAUCGAGCAGUACGAGCAGGAGUGUUUCUGGCUCUGGGCCUUAGUGGGGUCAUCCCAACCCUGCACUUUGUCUUCACGGAAGGAUUCCUCAAGGCUGCCACAAUGGGCCAGAUAGGCUGGCUGGCUCUCAUGGCCUGCCUGUAUAUCACUGGCGCUGCAGUGUAUGCUGCUCGCAUCCCAGAGAGGUUUUUCCCCGGCAAGUGUGACAUCUGGUUCCACUCCCACCAGCUGUUUCAUGUGUUUGUAGUGGCUGGUGCUUUUGUGCACUUCCAUGGCGUUUCAAACCUCCAGGAGUUCCGCUACAUGGUUGGGGGAGGCUGCUCGGAAGAUGAGAUGCAGUGAAACUGGCCAGAUGUCCAGGAUCGUAACCAAAACAGAACCGUGGGAGCAGCUCGUCCACACCUUACCUAGGAUGGUGUGGAAGCUUUGUGGGGAUUCCAACUAUAACUUGGAAGAGAAAUUCAUACCUCAAGCAUUGGAGUGAAUUGAUUCUGAUCCCUGGAAAUUCUUAAACCCUAACUUAUUCCUGGGGUCUACAGACUAAGCUACAGAAAGCCCUUUCUUAAUCAGCUUCUGUUCAAUGCCAUAUUUAUUUGUAGAAAAUAAGAGGAGUUGUCAUGGGGAGAUAGCUUAGCAUUUUUUUUUUUAAAUCUAGCUUGAUUAAGAUUUGUAUCUUGUUCAGGUAAGUUGAUUUUUAGGAGCUCAUUUGGGAGAAAAAAUGUAAAUAAGAUUUAUAACUUUCUGUUUAAUUGAAAAGUUUAUAUAAAUGUUUUAAAAUUGUGCAGGGGAGGGGUUUUUGUAUAGAUUGCGACAUGCAAGUACCACACACUGUUUCAAUUUUGCACGAACUCUUUUUAAGUGCAAGAAGGCCAGGUGAAACCCAUGUGGAGUCAGGCAUCCGGGUCCUGCAUGAUUCUUUCUAAUGUCUGGGGUAUACUGGAUAUCUAGACCCAGUAGGCUCAGUCUGCAGACAAGGGUUCAGGGCAAACAACCUUAAUAGGGCUUAUGUUUGGGCCCCUGUGUGUUCCAAAGGCAAAGGUAGGAGACGUUGUGCCACUGAGCUCUGCUUCUGUGGCAGGGCAUGCCUUCUAAGGUCUAAAUUCUCUGCCAUUUUCGUGGAUGGUUUUUAGGUGGUCUGUCUUCCCACCAGCCUUUUGCUGUGUUGGGAUUUGAAGGCUUAAGGUACAAUAUAGUAUGUAUCUCGACCUCUUUGGGUCUCUUGUCAGUGUUUCACCAUUCAGUUGGGCCUGCCAUCCUUUUUUUAAUCCAAGUGCAAUUGUUAGCGUCGGGCAUCUGCCUUCUACAUGAGAGCCAGUGAGCAGAAAAGCAACUCGCAGAAUAUGCUUGGACAUUUUAGCUUUUCCUCUCUUCAGAAUAGUUAUUGGAGGCCCACGAGAAGCUUGUGGCUCUUUAAACGCAGUACAUUCUGAGAGGGGCGAAUUAUCACUAAGCAGAACACUCAGUUGGGCAACUAAGGACAAAUGUAGCUGCUGUUUCCUCCUGCUAGAUUGGUAAGGCAUAUCAGAUUUAGAAAGGAACAUUUGGGCACAAGGUAGAAUUUGUGUUGCAUAGUAACUCAGAGUGGGGGCAGUUUCUUUGGCCCCGAGUUAAUUAAAUACAAGUGUUGGGGGAUGGUAGUUCAGAUCAUUACAAAAGAGGUUGGUCUUUUGCCUUCUCCCCCCAACAGAAUCUUAGGUGUUUUGACCUACAAGAGGUGCUUAACUGGUGCUUGUAGGCAACCAAAUGUUUAUGUCCUGGGUAGGUUCAUGAUGCUGAAUACAGAUAAUGGCACCCUGAUGUUUCUGAGUAUUUGAUCCCAAACUAAAAACAGAUCAGUAUUAAUUGAACCCCUUUAAUGAAACAGGAAGUCCCAGUGGGUAUAUGUAGCCCUUUGGCCCAAGGGUGGCUUUCCUAAGGAGAGAAAGUGGUGAUACAUAUCAGACUCAGACCUACCUGUCUGAAAAGCACUUUUUUGGGGGGGUUCCUUCUGUACCAGCAGAGGCUGUGUCCCCCCUCCCCAUUCUCUAUCAUCCCAUGCUUAACUUCCAGAAAGGGUCUCUUGCAACCUUGUCCUGCAGCACAAAACCUGUACAGAAACACACCACUCCACUUAUUGUACCCCAUUGGUCUCUGUUUAGGACACUUGUAUGUCCCAAUAAGAAACUGCUUAGCUGUGCACUUUUCUGUGGUGCUUGCUGAGACUUCUUCCCAGGUUGGCACCUGAAUGCCUUACUCUCAGCAAUUGGAGGUUUGCUUUCUUUAUGUGUGUGCAGGUUUUCAGUGUAGUAUAGUUAAGAUUUACAGCUUUUGUUCCCCAUUAACUAGUGGCCUUGUUCAGUAUUUUCUUUUUUUAAAAAAAAAUCCUUACUGUUGGAGGCAACAAAGCACAUCUUGGACUUUGAAGAUUGAAGUCUCUGGACAAUGGGAUCUCAUCACUUGUAUUCUUAACUUCUAAUAAAAAGCAAAUGCAAUGGAGGCUUAA